CAAUCUGACUGGGAGGGGAAGCUCUGUUUGCAAAUGAGCUCUAUAACAUUUUAUCCUGUUCCUUCGUGCCUGUAUCGUAGCUAACAGGAAUGAGAAGUUUCCUCUUUAAACCUUACAUUCAAGCAAUGCAAACGAUAUCUGGGUAAAGUUAAGCAGCUGAGCACCAAGGGUUAAAUUCGAGAUCCAGUGAAGUUUCUUAACAACACAAGUAUGACUGACUUCAGCACAGAACCGGCACCUACAAAACUCACUCAAGUUCAGGAUCAAGUUAAUGAUGUUAAAGUGAUUCUGAAAGACAACAUUAACAAAGUUCUGGAGCGAGGAGAGAGGUUAGAUGACCUCAUCGGCAAAACAGAUGAUCUUCAAGCAACGGCCGACUCAUUUCAAAGGACAUCCACACGUGUUGCCAGAAAGAUGUGGUGGAAAAACACUAAGAUGAUGAUUAUAAUUGGUGUGGUAGUGCUUGCCAUCAUUGUGUUAAUCAUUCUGUUGGCAACAGGUGUGAUUCCCUCAUAACAUUAACAUAUAUAUAUCUCAUUGUAAAUUAUAAUUUGAUGACGUUUUCACUGUAAAAGUACAUUUUUGUGUUUUUUUUUUUUUUUUCAUUUUAAGGGAUAUUCAUAUAUAAAUCUUUCAAUAGAUUUAGUGUACAUAUGAUUUUUCUUUUUUGUCUCAUGAGACAAUUCUCCUGAUCAUAAAAAUAUUUCUAAUGUGACUGGAACCACAGCAAAACUUUGUAAAUAAACUAAAAUUAAUGAUUUACUAGUGCGAUCUUAAAAAUUAACCACUGUAAGAACAUUUACAUGGCAAGACUUAAUUGAAUUGUUAAACAAUUUAAUAUCUUGUAAACAAUAAAAAAAUGGUAAAAGUAUACAGGGGGAAAUAUCGAAAUGACAAAAACCUGUGCCACAUCAGUGAACCUUGAGUCUUCAGUAGUUUAAAUGUUGUAAUCUCUUUUAUGAUGAUGCCUUAUGUGACUUCUGAAGUGGAUUUUCAAACUGUAAAGUACUUCUUACACUAAUUUUAUACAUGACAGUUUUUUUUAAAUUAAGUUUUAUACAGAAAUUCUUGAUUGGCCUGUAAUUAUAUGUGACCCUGUCUGUAAAAACUGAAAAAAUACUGUUUUCUACAUAAAAUAAUCCUAUAAAAUCUGAAGAACAUGACUUCAUAACAAAGUUUGUCAUGUUUCAAAAGUUAAAUCAAUCAGUGAGAUUGAUUAAACUUGAAUGCUCCUAAUCUCAGAAUUAAAUUGCAAUAUUGGGUCACGUAUUGUUACAAAAGGCUGUAGGACAGAAUAAAGCAUACUUUUAUGUGGACUGUGGUUAUCCUCCUCUCAUUUCAUUUGUCGCGUUUAGAGGUUAUUGAUAUAAUUAAAUAACCAAAAUUAUUCAAUACUAAUUUCAUACUAAUACAUUGAUGAGCUUUUCUAAGUUUGCAGUGGUCCACAUCCACUUUAAUUAUAUGGAUGGAUAUUCAUAGAAAAUGUACAUUUUCUGUUGUAAAUCAUACAUGUAUGGAAAGACAUUGGGUGAAUAAAUGAUGAAAAAACUUAGUUUGGGUUAAACUAGUCCUUUAAUAUCUGAAAAAAUUGACUGGCUUCAACCUUGUACACUGUUUUAUCUAUUGUCUCAUUCAAUGGUUUACAUAAUUCUGUAGCAAAAUACUGCAAUAUGAAAUGAAUAUUAAAUGGCCUACACCCUGUACACUCUCUGUAUGCAAUAAAUUAAAAUAUCUGUAUACAAAAAAACUCUAAAUGAUUUGUGGUUUCUAUUAAUCAUUGUACUCAAUUACGAUAAGAUACCACAAUCUCUAGAUCAACAAAGGGCAAAAAUAAAA